AAACGAAGUUCAGACCAUGCAAGCAAGAGGAAGAUCUGUUGCAGCAGAGCUUUCAGUUUAGUGUAAAAGUACAUUAAAACGAACGGUCGCACCAAUUCACAUUUAGAAAUGUUAGACAGUUUGAAAUGUAAAGACUAACUUGUAUGUUGAUCGGAAUAAAAGGUGCGUUUUUUCUUAAGUUAUUAGUUAGAAUAGUAGUGAGUUUGGAAAGGGCGAGUUGCUGCUUUCUACUGAACAGCGACGAGUUUCAGCCCCGGAGAGCCCGGAGCGAGACGAAGAUAGUCGCUGGCAGAUCCCCGAUCUGGCUUAAGAAUAUGCUCAAUUUAACCAAGAAUUGUAUUCGAAAAACCUCGGAUCCAUGGUGAGGAGAAAGAAGACAUCACCUGCUCCCGAAGAACAUCAAAAUGGGAUGACAGUGAAGCAGGGGGAAGGCGGUGGUGAUGAAGGGGUGAAGAAAUUGAGCCGAAAGCUUGAAGGUUGCGAGGAAGAGGAGAGCGGAGAACAGGGGAACGAAGAGAGCAAUACAAAGAGAGACGGAGAUGAAAUUCCUAAUCCAUCAUCUACGGGUUCGUCCAAUUCGACAUCAGUACCCUCCACUUCAACAUCGAACCCAUCGGGACCUAGCUCAAAUACACACCACCAGACGUCUACACCUAUUCCCCAAAGCCAGGACCAACACCAUUUCCUAAGGUCCAGCGUACGACCUCCUAGCAAACGGCUGCGGAAGGAUCCCAUUGCUUCAGCUAUCAAUGGUCACAGCGGUGUCAAGGGGAAAGGAACAGAAAAUGGAAACUCUGCACCAGUUGGGUGUGGCCAGUCAGGCUCCCCAGGCAGCUCGACCAGUGGAGCCUCCAAGUCAGGACCCCGCAACGCCGGAACGAGCGACAAGGAUGAAGCAGGCGCCAGCCAGAAGAAAGUGCGGCGACAAUGGGAGUCCUGGAGCACGGAGGACAAGAACACCUUCUUCGAGGGGCUCUAUGAGCACGGCAAGGAUUUUGAAGCCAUUCAGAACAACAUUGCACUAAAGUAUAAGAAGAAGGGCAAGCCAGCCAGCAUGGUGAAGAACAAGGAGCAGGUGCGCCACUUCUACUACCGCACCUGGCACAAGAUCUCCAAGUACAUCGACUUUAGUAACGUGUACUCGCGAGUGCUGAAGAAGUCCUCGCAGGAGUUGUACGGCCUCAUCUGCUACGCAGAGCUCAGGAAGAAGGUUGGCGGGUUAAUGGAUGAUAAGAAUGUUGCCAAAUUGAAUGAGCUCAUUCAGCAUGGGGCAACCACUGUACGCUCCAAAGGCAGGAAUCUGCGUAUUAAAGCACCCAUGUGUCGAGCGCUCAAAAAGCUAUGCGAUCCUGAUGGUGUGAGUGAUGAGGAGGACCAGAAGCCAGUGCGGCUGCCCCUCAAAGUGCCCGUGGAGCUGCAGCCACGCAGCAACCACUCCUGGGCACGGGUCCAGAGUCUGGCACACAACCCCAGACUCAGGAUGGUUGUGGAGCUCCACAGGAAAGUGUCCAGCCUCAUCGAGUUCCUCAAGCAGAAAUGGGCCAUCCAGGACCACAGCAUUUGGAAGAGUCUGGAGGAGCGGGAGUCUGUGGAGGGCCUGCAGCGCUCCCCUUGGGGCGAGGAGCGGGAGGAGCUCUUCUUGUACCCAGCGGAGAGCAGCACGCUGAUGCCGCUGCCUGGCGUGGCACGCGUUGUGCACUCCAAAGCCUUCUGCACCGUCCACUGGCUGGAGAGCGGGAAGUGCCGGGCCGCAGCCAAGGACCUCCCCACUGCUCAGAUCCUGGGCAUUCAGGUGGCUCCCAGGGGCCCCGGGAGGCAGGGCCGUGCAGCAGGGGCCGAGGCGCGGCGAGGGGAGGGGGCGGCGGCUGAAGGAGCGGACGAUGCAGCCGCAGGGGGUGCGGAAGACAAAACGCGGAGCUCCUUAAACCAGUUGCAAAACACUGCAGCUCCUCUCUCGCUUCCUCCAGGGCAGAAGGAGGGAAGUGUCCUGAGCCCCGCUGACGGGGCUCCCCCUCAGCUGGAGAGCAGGAGCAGCCUGGGGACGGGAGCAGCCCUUAGUGAGAGCGGAGGGCACUCAGGGACGAGAGAAUCAGAGGGGCAGAGCCUCGUCUUGCAGGUGAAAGAGGGGCUCUGCACAGAGGUCAGCCUGUCACCUAGGAGGGAUCCGCCUGUUUCUCUCAGCAACGGAGGGGGCGCCAUGCACUGUGGAGAGGAGAGGACUAAAGAAGGGUGUGGGCUGUCCCCAGAGGGGCCUGCCGUGGCCUCUGAGCCCCCAGCUCCCCCGCCGCCACCAGGGGAAGUUUGCACUAAACAAGACCAGCCCUCCGAGGAUGGCUGCUCUGAUCCAGGGCGGAGGGGCAGAGGGGCUGCUGGGAAGGAAGAGGUGGGCCCGGGGGCGGGGGUGGGUGGGAGGCCUCCACAGCAGAUCCGGGAGGAGGGCUGGAGCGCCUACAGCACGGAGAACGUGACCCUCGCCGAGCUCUACCUCAUGCUGGGGAAGCCCGGGAAGCUGCAGCUGGAGUACGAGUGGCUGCCCGUGUCCCGGGUGGAGGGGCGACCCCACCCCUGCUCCCGGCCCCCGCCCACCACCCACCGCGUACUGCGCUGCCUGCUGAGGCUCGUCUCCUCCGAGGUCAACCCCAAACCGGCCACUGAGCUGUGCUCCACUGCCACGUCCCCGCUGAAGCCUGCCCUGGAGGAGCAGUCCUUCUCUCCCCCGGGGAAGACGCUGCAGCUGGGAGGGGUGCGCAGCCCAAGCUGCGGGCGCCAACAGGCCUCCCUGCGGGGGGGUAAGCUGCUGUCGCCCAACGCCGGGUCCUCAGGCGUGCGGAGCCUCCCUCGUUCGCUCUUGGUCACGGGGGCCACGGGUGAAGCCGACAGCAGCCUCUUUGCCAUCCCCACCAUGUUGCCCCCCAACAGUCGCCACGGCAAGAUGUUCUCCCCCAACAAGGAGGCGGAGCUGGCAUUCCGUCAGCAGCUGGACUCGAUCAGUUCUGAUAUUUUUCUCCCUAAACAGAGGAAGUUCAGGAGCCGUCACCUACGCAAGCCUCUAGUAGUGCAGAGAACACUGCUCCCUCGAACUACAGGGGACACUCCACAGCAUGUCUGCUCCUUCUCCAUCCUUUCCAACUCGUCAGUUGCAGGCACAGGCUCCUUUCGGCCUAUCCAGCCCUCUCUGCACUCGAACUCCCGCCCCCUCGUCCCCAAAGCCCCUCCCCUCAGCUCCACCACAUCCAGCCAGCUGUCCAGUACGAUUGACUUGGCUGCCAAGUCAGCAGGCAUCAUUCCUGGCAGCCCCUCUCGUGAGCUGGAAGGCCCAAGUACGCCUGGCCUUGUCCUAGCCCCGGACGCAGUGACAUCGGAGCCAAAAAGGGACAUCCUCCACCCAACCCCGGCAGCCGUCGUCCCCACUGAGGCCCCACCAAACAGCGAGCUCGCUCCCCUUUCUCCAGCGGGAGACACAGAUUCUCUCCUCUCCCCUCCCAGCGUGGCCUCUCUGCUCGACAUAUCACUGCCAGGCCCCCCAGAGGAGGUGCUGUCCCAGGGCGAGACCUCCACCCACAUCAGUGACUCCAUCAUCGAGCUGGCCAUCAACUCCGCACAUUAUGGCGAUAGCCCCUCCCUCUCCCCUGCCAAACUGAAUGGCAGUGAAGGAUCCCGCUGCAUCCCGUCCCCUGCUGGCAGCCCCCACCGGAGCUGGAUCGCCUCGCCCUCUCACGAUCCACAGUGGUAUCCCAGCGACUCCAGCGACUCCUCGCUGGGCUGCCUGCUCUCGAGCCUGAUCUCCCCGGACAAGGGGCGGAAGAUGCUGUUGACCUCCUCGGGUCCCUCCAGCGGGACCUCCUUGCUGGGCCCCAGCCUGUUGGACAGCGGCUCUCGCGACUCCUUCCAUUCCAGAGGGCUGGCUGAUGGAGAGGUGGACUCCCAGCUUGCCUGCAUGAUGAGCGAGAACAGCAUGGACUACAUUGCCCGCUUCAAUGAUUUGGCUCAGGAGCUGUCCGUGACAGAGCCACCACUGCCGUCCCCAAGUCAGGGGGACAGUGGCUGAGAAAGGCGGGAGAGAGUGAUCACUCUUUCAGUGCAUCAUCAGAGAACAGCUCGGCAAUGGAGCUUCGUCAGAGUCAAGUCUGAGAAUGUGCAAUAGAGGAUGGCAGGGGGUGUGGGAGGCCCGCACUGUGGGACAAGACGGGAGCCAGGGCAACUUCGGGGAGAGAGUCGGUCUAAUCCGAGCCUUUCUGGACCAGUGUGUGUCUGAUGGAAGAGGUCGCUGAGUUCGACUGGCCCGGGCACCGGCCUUCCCUGGUUAGCAUUUCUCCGGGGCAGGGUGUGUUGCUUGCAUAUAUGAUGAAGCCAGUCAUCAGUGCACUGUCUUCAGAAGACCCCUCUAAAAAUGUGUGUAUGAGCUGAAUGGUGUUUACAGAACAAGACAUUGUUAAAAUCAAUGACAUCCUCCUCACUGUCUCAAUAAGCAGUCCCAGGUAUGUUCACAGAACAAAUGCCAUUUUGUCACUCCAGAGAGACUUCUCUUUGCUUAGUCUCUUACUUUCCUAAUUUUUUGAAUAACUUGUAUUUACAACAGGAUACAGAGUAAGAGGCAUGCAAGUAGGCACCUUGCUGUUGGGUGAGGAAAUAUGAGAGGUCUUUACCACCAGGAACAAUAUGUGUCUUUAGCCUUCUGAUUUUGAAAAGAUAAGUGUACAUUGAUACAGUCAAAUCUACUUUUGCCCCAAGAAAAGCUCACUAUGUGGUGUAAAGCAUAGCAAAAAUGAUAAAUACAGUACUUACAUGCUCAACAACUUAACGUUAUAUUUGUUUGAACAUGAUUAUU